AUGUUUCUGCUUCACGAAUAUGAUAUUUUCUGGGCAUUUCUGAUAAUAUCAAGCAUUAUUCCUAUCUUGGCAUUUGUAAUUUCCGGAGUUUUAGCCCCGGUUAGGGAAGGACCGGAGAAACUAUCUAGUUAUGAAUCGGGUAUAGAACCCAUAGGGGAUGCUUGGUUACAAUUCCGAAUCCGCUAUUACAUGUUUGCUCUAGUUUUUGUUGUUUUUGAUGUUGAAACGGUAUUUCUUUAUCCAUGGGCAAUGAGUUUCGAUGUAUUGGGUGUAUCCGUAUUUAUUGAAGCUUUUAUUUUCGUGCUUAUCUUAAUUAUUGGUUCAGUUUAUGCAUGGCGAAAAGGAGCAUUGGAAUGGUCUUAA